GUACCGUUAAUCUCUGUACAUACAAGCACAUUUUGCAUGAAAUGAGUCGGGCAGCAUUUUGUCUAAACGGUCAUUUGUUUGUAGUUUCUUCGGUCGGAAUAGAACAGUAGGACACCUGCGCAUAGGAAGCCCCAAACAAUGCAUGAAAUUCCUUCGCGUUCCCUCGGUAACGGGGACCUGUUCGCCUUUAUACAGAGAGGAGACCUUGAGCAUUGUAUAGACAUCAUUCAAAAUGACCGCUCGGUCCUUAGACAAAAAGGCUGGGGAGGCUUCACUCCACUGCACUUUGCUGCUCUCCAUGGUAACUUGGCCCUGGUUGACCAUUUCCUCAGCAACGGCGCAGACCCCAAUCUGACUUGCGAUGCGGGACAGUCACCUUUUCACUUUGCAUGCAGGCAAGGCAACAUCAACAUCAUUCAUAAAAUGACACAGCAUGGGGCUGAUUUGCGUGUCAAAGAUUUACACGGAAAGUCCUCUUUGCAUUAUGCGGUGACUGGCGGCAACAUUGUUGCAGUGCACUAUUUGUCAGAGACAAAAAUGUUCUGUUUCAAAGACACAGACAUGCUCCAGGUGACCCCCCUUCACUUGGCCGUGUCUACGGGCAACGCAGAUAUGGUUCGUUACCUCCUCAGAGACCAGCGUUGUGUCGUGGAUGCUGUCGACCAACAGGGUGCAACUGCACUUCAUGUAGCGGCAGAGCACGGAUGCUUGGAGGUUUGCUGGAUUUUGUUGCAAAAAGCUGGGUGCAGGCUCCUUCAUGAGAAAAACCUCAACGGACUCAUGCCACUGGAUCUCAGCAAACAAGGGAAAACUUUUAGGCAUCACCAACUCACCAAACUACUGAACAAGUACAUGAAAAUGCCAAUCCACCACAAGCCAAAAGAGUCUCUUGCUUUGUACUACUGGACACUGUUUUUUCCAAGCCUGUGUGGAACUACCAUUCUGCUGAUGGCAUCCAUGUUGGGUACUUAUGGUGGUCUACUUUGUGGUUUCCUCUUCCCCUGGCUGGCCAGAAGCAUAUUUAUGCAAUCCUACCGAAUGGCCACAUAUCAAAGGUUACCAAACCCAAUCUACUUGGGAACACUCAUCGCUGGAUUGCUUCAUUCGCUGUUCUGCUUUUAUUGGAAAAUAACACCCAAUAUCCUUCUCGACGGUGUCCUGGUCCAGGUGUCAACAUUCCAAUUCUGUAUAGUCCUUAGUUUGUUCUGCAAGGUUCUGACUCAGGAUCCCGGGACACUGGCGUGUGCAGAUGCUGAUCCUCGGUUCUCCUGCAUCGCUGACCUUGUAGAGAAGAACCAGAGCCCUCACCGGUUCUGUCCCUAUUGUGAGUUGUUCCAGCCUGACUACACCAAGCACUGCAAGCUCUGCGAUGUGUGUGUUCAGGACUUCGAUCACCACUGCCUUUUCCUUAACCGGUGCAUUGGUCGAGCUAACCAUCGCCUCUUCCUCUUCUUCAUCAUCUCCAUGGUGACAGGCCACUUCUUGUUUGUCGCCACAGCAACAAGUUACCUGUAUAACAAGUCGUCAGCUAGCAAUUUGUCGUCGUGGCUCAUGUUCCUGGGGGGUGAGUUCUGGGUCACGACGAUGAUUGUUAUGAACGUCAUAACACUCUUGUGGGAGGUGUGGCUGCUGGCAGAGCAGUUUUGUGCCAUUGCCUUAGCAACGACAACUUACUUCAGACACUUGGAAAAUGUUAGGCGACAUAGGUCACUUGGACAACGCUGGGUCACUGUGCUAGCGUUUCUGCUUGAGGGACGGAGACGGUUGGCCACUGGACAUACAAGCAAUAACAAAGUUUCAAUAGACAUUUAAAAUGAUCUGUUUUUUUGCAGACCUUCUUCAUUGAGUGUAUAGUCCAUUUAUAUACAGUUUCCAAAAAUAAAAAAUAUUGUUCAAAAAAGUGAGGCAAAGUUCAGAUACAACUUUUGUACUAGACUUAACUUCAUUAGCUUUGUUAUCUUAAUAAAGUUAUUUUUGAUUAUUUUCUCGAACAUUGUCCGUGGCUAUCAAAACUCAUUAAGAGCCCUCACCUCGAUUUUUUUUUAGCUGAUGGGAUGGCUAUUGGGGGCAUUGGUACUGGAUUUCCAGUGUAUUAGCAGAAAAUGUAAAGUAAUAUAGACUCAGUUUAAAAAAGAAAAAGGCAUUAAUAUUACCAUGAUUUUUGCACUAUAAGGCGCACCAGACUAAAAGCCGCUACCCCCAAAUGUGACACGAAUACGGCAUUUGUUUAUAGUAGAGCUGCAGCUAUCGAUUAUUUUAGUAGUCGAUUAAUCGAUGAACUAGUCAGUUUGAAUAAUGGAGUAAUCGGAUAAGGAACAUAAAAAAUUAAAAUACCUGAGCUCAGCCACAAACAGUAUAAAAUGAGGAUAAUAAAUGAUGUAUGUACAACAAAAGAACAAUUGACUGACUUACAUAGCAAAAGUCCGCUAGCUUAAAUGCUAUUAAAUGCCAAGUUUUUUUUUUUACAAUGCUCAUAACAAAUGGUUCAGACACAUAUUCUCACAAAGAACAGCUAAAUAUACCUAUAAACUAAAUUACGAAUGCAUUGCAAAAACACAUUAGCGCAAACAAAAAUUUACUGUAUGUUGGUCUUAACAGGGAGCAGCUGGAUUCACCCAUGUGAAAUGAGGCAGACCAGAGGGCAAUGUAUCCACCCAAAUCAAUAAAACUAAAUGCAAUCACUUUCAAAAUAAACCAAUACAACGCCACUUUAAUUAAACGAAUACUCAAAGCAGCAACAUUUGAUUCGAAUCCUUUUUUUUUUUUUUUUUUUUUUUAAAUCGAUUACUUGAGUUCAUCGAUUAAUCGUUGCAGCACUAGUUCGUAGAUACCGGACUAUAAGCUGCAGCUGUGCUCACUGUAUUAUGGGAUGUUUACACCAAAAGAUAUUAACCGGUAGCACUUUAUUUGACAGCGGAGCCAUACGACUGUCAGAAGACCAAAUGAACCACCAUGAAGCUUUGAACCAUUUGGCUUCAAAGCUUCAUUGCUUUAGUAAGCUUCAUAUGGCCAUUACUGCUCCCUUGGGGAGACAGUCAACCUCCUCUGCCACCUGCUGUCAACACUGUUGUUAUCCAACAUGCCUCCUAGCAUGCAUUUCAGCGCUACAGAUGUAAAUAACAAUCCAAAUUCAUGUUCUGUACUAAAUAUUUAUUCAGUUACUGUUCCAGUCAUUUCAUUAAUUGUUAUUUAUCGUAUUCGGUAACACUUUAUUUGACACUGUCAUUAGACAAUCAUAAUUAGGACAUGACACUGUCAUGAACAUUAAUGAAUGCUUACAACAGAUGUCAUUUAGUGUCAUCCGGCAAAUUAUGAAUGGAUGUAAAAGAUCUGAGCUGGAAAUAAAUGGAGUUAGUAACAUAAUUUGUUGGAUGACACUUAAGUAAUGUCCACGAUUGUGUCAUGUCAUAAUUAUCACAGUCUUAUGACGCCGCUGUCAAAUAAAGUGUUACGAAAUACAAUAACAAGCAAUUAAUGAAACAACGAACAGUAACUGAAGAAAUAAUUAGCACAGAACAUGAAUUUUGAUUGGUUUUUACAUCUGUAGUGCUGCAGUGCAUGCUAGGAGGCUAACAAAUUAGCCGCAACGGA